UCAUUAGACCUCAAGGUCAUCGUACAAUGUGGCUGAAAUAACGGAAAUAAUAGCUUUUCCCCUUAAUUUUUAUGGUCUGCUCCGACCUCAUUAACUCGUUAUUCUCUAUGUAUACUUUUAUAAGUUAUACCUUGCCAAUAAUUUUGCUGGACGGUUAUUUGCUAUAAUGACGUAAUUUUACCAGUUUUUAAUGACGUCACAUGUAUUUCAGAACGUCUGGCAAUCAUAUUAACCUAAGCUGAACUUACUACGACAUGGAGCAAAGUAUUGAGUCGUUAGUAAGAGAUUUUCACAAUGAACUUAACGACAUGAGAGAACAAGGCUUGUUUUGUGACAUUGUUAUAAACAUAAGUGACGAAAAACGAAAGCUGUAUGCACACCGAGCCGUCCUGGCGAGCAGUAGUCCAUAUUUUCGAGGUCUGUUUACAUCCGGAUUUAAAGAAUCAAAACAAAUUGAAGUGGAAAUCCCUGGAAUAACUGGUACCGAUAUGGCAGAAAUUAUCAGGUACUCAUACACAAGAAAAGCCAUUGUUAAUCCUGACAAUGUUGAGUCUCUUCUGUUCACUGCUGAUCGCCUGCAUAUCACAGGACUCAUAAAAUACUGCUGUGAGUACCUUAUUCGAAAUCUGGAACCCGGAAAUGUAAUAGGUAUUUUAAAGUUUUCACAGUACUUGGGACUGCCUCGACUAUUUAUUAAAGCCUGGAAUUUUCUUAUGCAGCAUUUUAUUCAAAUUGUUGAUACGAGUAGUGAAUUUCAGCAACUUUCAGUAGAUGAUUUGUGUUUGAUUCUUGAAGCUGACGAUCUCAAUGUUCCUACAGAAGAUGACGCAUGUUUGGCAGCCUUACAGUGGGUUAAUUUUUCAAUAGAUUUGAGAAAAUGUCAUUAUACGAAGCUCUUGUCUUCAGUUCGUCUGGGUCUUGUAGGGAAAAAAACUUUUGAUCAGUAUCUCAUGUCCAAUGACUAUAUUUUCGGCAGCCCCGACUUCAAACAGCUUAUUAAGAAGGGUUAUAAACUUUGUGAAAUUAACCAUCAGUCACACUUCUCGCUGUUGCAGGGACCUUCAAAUCCAAUGCUUCGACCCCGUGUUCCAUACGAAGUAAUAUUCGUAGUAGGGGGUUGGUCUGUGGACGGUGUGUGUGGAGUACUGGAAACGUAUGACACUCGAGCGGAUCGUUGGUAUCGGAACACUCAGCAUCAUUAUGAUGAGAAUAUUGCAUAUCACACCGUUGUUUCACUUGGCGUGUGUGUUUAUGUGAUUGGGGGAUACUCUGCGCCUUCUAAAUACUUCAAUGCUGUCAAACGAUUUGACUGUGUUUCGAAAUUGUGGAUGGAAAUAGCCCCAAUGCAUUCGAAGCGGUGCUAUGUGAGUGGAACCACCUUGGAUGGUUUGGUUUAUGCCUGUGGGGGAUUCGAUGGCCAAACGAGGCAUUCAUCGGCCGAGCGAUAUAAUCCGUCCGACAACCAAUGGAUUAUGAUCUGUCCGAUGCAGAGAGUUAGAAGUGAUGCAGGAGCUUGUGGUUUAAAUGGAAAACUGUAUGUUGGAGGUGGCUUCAACGGACGUGACUGUCUAGAUUCAGUAGAGAUGUAUGACCCUUCAGAGGAUCAGUGGACAAUUAUUCAACCUCUGUCUACACUUAGAAGUGGAGCUGCAUUUGUUACCUUCGCAGGUUUUGUUUAUGUCAUCGGUGGGUUCAGUGGGAUGAACAGACUUCGAACAGUUGAAAGGUAUGACGCAAGCACGAACAAGUGGGAAUCUACCAUGGACAUGACAGUGGGACGCAGCAACUUCGCCACGGCGGUCUGCGAUGACAUGAUCUUUGUUAUCGGUGGUUUCGAUGGUGUUGGCACAACCGAUAAAGUGGAAUGUUACGAUGCGGAUGAAGAUGAGUGGUUUGAAGCAGCGAAUCUUCUCAUUGGACGGAGUGCCACAAGUGCCUGCACCAUCAGCGGACUUCCAAAUGUACGCGACUAUACGUUUUAUGGCAAAACUCCAAACACACAUGCAUCACCUUGUAAACAUAAGUUUCAAAUGGAUCAUGAAAUUUGAAACCAGCUUCUGUAUAAUGAAAUAGGAAAAGUGUAAUAUUAUUAAUUACUUUUUAAAUGGGACGUUCACAUAUGUUUAAUUUUACAAACAUGCAAUAAUUAAGUUUUAGUUAUAUAAAUAUCUGAUUAAUCGACA